UGUCGCUGAGCGCAACGUUUGUAGACGUUCGAAUUGACCGAACCGUGUGUGUGUAUGUGUGUGUGUAUAGAAGAAAAAUCAUUUCCAAGUAUCUAAGUCACUGACUAAUUUAGAAUAUAUAUGUAUGUAUAUCGCCCAGCUAGUAAGUGUAAGCGUGUAUUUUAUUCGAAAAACUACAACGAGCAGGCGUUUGAUGCGCUAAAUUUGUAAAUUUUUUUUUGUAUGGAAAACUCUUGAAAAGCCGUCGGACAUUGCUUGGCAAUUUUUGUGAAUUUCGUGAAGAAUUUCUUUUACUAAGCAAAAAAAAAAUUGUUUACGGUGAAAAAAUUGUGUAUGAAAAAAUAAAACUUCUUUGAAACUGGCAAAAAUAAAAGGUUUCGGCAAAUAAAUUUUCUUCAUGAGCUAGAAGAAGUCUGCAAAACAAACUAUAAACACACAUUGUUGUUGUUGCCUGGCAGCGCUGAGUCGUAGGGGAUUUUGCUGGCGUUAAAGUUGAAGGAUGUGUUUUUGUGCAACAUCCUUGCUCGAUAUGCGGAAUUGAAGUCGUCGGAGAUUUAAUAUGAUUUAAUAUAUUAAAAACAACAACAAAAAGUAGCAAAAAUCUUACUUUCACAACUAACGCUUUUUAAAAAUACACACACAACAAAAACACAAAACUACAUACACACUACCCACUACAAAAGAAAAAAAAUACUCAUUUCAAAGCAGUCUACUUAUAUAAAGGACAACAAUAGCAUUGAAUAGAAGCAGAGAAACUCCACCAACUCCAAAAUGGUGCUCGUGUUGAAUGGUGUCUUACAGGACGAUUGUCCAAUGGAUACAAACAGUCUAUUCUUACAACAUCCGGUUUACAGAGAUUAUGCCCAACAACUACUAUCCAUACCAAGAAAAUCCGUUGGUCCUGUCGGUCUGCUCUAUGUGGGACAACGUGAAAUGGCCGCUGCAGCGCCGCAUGACAAGAAUAUUAACAUUAUUGGCGCCGAUGAUGCCACCACAUGCAUUAUUGUGGUAGUGCGGCAUUCAGGUUCAGGCGCUGUGGCUUUGGCGCACUUUGAUGGUAACGGCAUUGACGAGGCUGUAUGCACAAUGGUCGCACGCGUACAGGAGUUGGCCUUAGGUUAUCCGGAGGGUCGCAUUGAAUUGCAAUUAAUUGGUGGCUACCGAGAUCCACAAGGAUAUGGCGAGGAGGUUUUCUAUAGCAUAAUGCAAUCAUUCCAUAAGCAUCAUCUCGAAAUCGACUUAACUCAAGCCUGCGUCGGCGAGCUGAACACCAUACUGCGUGGCGACAUCAACUACCCGAUCAUAUACGGGGUGGGCGUCAAUAUAAAAACUGGCGAAAUAUUUCCAGCAACAUUUUUAGACCGGGGUCCAGAUAGGCAAUUGCGUGAUGCACGCAAUUUUAUGGGUGCACAAUCGGUCUUGGACAUUUACGACUCCUCGCUGGGCAUGCUACGUAUCGGCCCAUUCAAUUAUGAUCCCUUACGUGGCGUUGAUUUGUGGCUUUCACAAACCGAUGAAUUUCUAUUGCAGCAUCUGUCGACGAGUCCGGAUGUUGAGCCGCCGCAUUUCACAAUGCAGAUACGCGCCACAAUCAAAUUCAUACAGGAUAAUCAAUUUCCCGCAAUCACAGUUUUUCGUGACAAUCGACCACGCUACUACAGACGCGACGAGUCUACGGGCUGCUGGACUUUGGUUAAUGAUUGAGGCAAGAAAACCUUACAACUUGCAUGAAAA